CCCCGCCCUUCUAUCGCUUCCCGCCCCUCAGCCCCGCGGAAGGGCCGGGGCGGGGCGGUGUCUGCGGGCGGCGGGGCCUCCCCCGCCCCGGCUCGGCGUGUGCGGGCGGCGCCGGGGAUGGAGCACGCAGGGACCUGUGUUACCAGUGUGAGAGGGGAAUCACACAGGCAUACUGCAGAUUUUUUGUCUGUAUGUGCUACUCCAUUAUCUGUCUGUUACUGACCCAUCCAGAAAGAGAGAAGAAGGGCUGAACAAAAGUCAUUACCUUGUCACUUCUGCCCAAGAACUGGCUGGAUUUUAGCACACCUGCUGGAGAAGCUUCCUGGACCAUUAGAAAUGGAGCAACUCAUGCUGCAUCUCUGAUCAGCAAAGCUUUCUGUGUGGAGCGCAAGGAUCAAAUUGCCUCAAGUUCUGUCAUAUGCAAGUUGCACUAAUUGUAACCAUACUGCUUACACCAAUCCAGACUUCACUAGAGCUAUCCAAGGCUAUAGUAUCUCAUGUAGUUUGAAUGUUUUCAACUGACAUUUGAAUGUUUUUAAGUCUGAUGUGACUGUGAAAAGUGUGUGUGAGGUGAACUCGUUCCUGUUAAGUUGAUGGUGAAUUUUGAAGCCUCACUUCCAAGCGUGAUCCGUGCUAUGGCAGCAACUUACAGGCUGAUGGUGACUUCUGUGAACUGCUACAGCAGUGUGGUGGUAGACCAGCACUUCCAGCACACUGUGCACUACUGCACUGGGACUUGCCAAGUGUUUAAGCAAGGGAUUACGUGUGUAGUUGCUCACCACAGUGUCUGUGCGCAGCUCAGUGUCCAACAUGCCAACCUAAACCAUAAAGUUCCUGUUUCUGAAAGUGGACUUGCCUUGCCUGGAAAUGAGGACUGUCACCAAAUCCUCCCAAAUAAUCCAAGAAUCAAAAAGGGCUCUUCAUUGCAAGCCUCCAGCAGUUUAAAAGACAUCACUGGUGAGGCGAUAAACCUUGCCAGUGGUAAAACAAAGGAAUUCUCCUUUGAAAAGGUCAAAACCUCUUGCAGUCAUGUGGCCUACAGAAAGGGAAGGAAGGUUCGGUCAGAAACUUUCAGCAGACGAUCUUUUGAUUUUGAUUUGAUUUAUGGGCACUUCAACAAUGAUGAGAACUGCCCUCCAUGUGGCUUUUUGCAGACUCCCUCCCCUGUGGAGAAAUGGCAGGAAAGCAAUGAUGCUCCAGAAGUCACCGUGAAUCCCAUGGUUCCUUUCUCCCCUCAUUCCUUCUCAGAAGAAAACUUCAUUACCCAGAUUUUGGAAAAACACAAGCUAGAUGGUUCUUCUGGCGGAGAUAUUAAGGUGUGCUUAGACAUCUUGCUCAAGUGCUCAGAGGAUCUGAAGAAGUGCACGGACAUAAUAAAACAUUGCAUCAAAAAGAAGUCUGCAGGUAGCGUUAGUGGGGGGAGCAGCACUGACCCCCUGGCAAAUUCAGAGAUGAUAUAUAUGAAUCUGAUGACGAGGUUUUCUUCGUACCUGAAAAAGCUUCCCUUUGAGCUAAAGCCACCGGGACACAAGGAAGCCAGUGACUUGGCAGAACUCGUGAACUGUUUUCACAGCUUGCAGCAAACUCCCUUUCCCCCAGUAUUUGGAGAUGAGCAGCCCCCCAGGUACGAAGAUAUCAUUCAGCUACCACCGUCCAGUGCAGCUCCUCUUGGACUGCCAGGGGACCGGUGUGAGUUGACCAGCACCUCUCAGUCCAUCCAAACGAGUACUGUGAAUGUUACCUCCAACUCUGUUCCCAGUGCCCUGCAGGAGAACAGCUCAAGAGCUGUGAAAGAUGCUUGUGCUCUACCUCAGUUACCAGCCACAAGCCCUUCUGACUGCAUGUCUUCCACAGAGGCUCUGUACAUUGAGGAGGAGUCCGAUGGAGAGAGAACAUUAGGGAAAAUAAAGGCGUCAGAGCAGAAAGGGGACUGGGAGAGUUCAGAGCGCAGCUAUCAGCUGGCUGGUUCUUCAGACCUACCUGGCAAUGCUAAAGCAGAACGUGUUGGAGUGGGAGAUGCUGAGCUCUCCCAUGUUUCUGAGAAAAUGACUCCUUCAAAAACAGUUUUGGAUUCUGUAUCGCGUGGUUCCCAUCCUGAUGUCUCCAAAGGAGAGCAGAUGGUCAGUACAGUGGACAAGGAGGAGAUAGACAAACUGCUGCUGGACUUGGAGUGCUUCUCGCAGAAAAUGGAGAGGACUUUAAGGGAACCCCCUCUAAAGGAGAGUGAACCUGCCGGUUUGCAGGGGUUUGGCCGGCAGGAUAGGCAGGUGCUACCUCCGACUCUUGAGCCUAAACGUAAACCUGUUGACCCUACCUUCUCUUUGUCAAAAAUCAUGGAAAGCAAUGGUCACAAAAUGGAAGAGGAUGACAAAGCCCUUUUACUGCGCAUCCUGGGGAGCAUUGAGGACUUUGCUCAGGAACUGGUGGAAUUCCAGACAGGCAAGGGAAGCUUGUCCAAGGAGAGGGAGGUGAUGCAGAUUCUUCAGGAAACUUUAACAACUCCUUCACGGUCCCUACUUGCUGGGCAAAAAAGCUACACUGAGGCUGUCUCUAGAGACUCUGUUCCAGCUUCAAUUCAGCAGGCCCCAGAGGUGAUUAAGGUUCAAAGUAAACCAGAGAAGAGAUCUGGCACUACAUCCUCAGUCCCUCCAAGCUCCACAGUCAGCCCUUGCGCUCCUCUGCCUGUGAAUAAAGCCACCAGCAGCACCCCCUUGUCAAUAAACAUUCCACGUUUCUACUUCCCUAAAGGACUUCCGAAUGUCUGCACUAAUCAUGAAGAGAUCAUUGCCAGGAUUGAAGAAGCUUUUACAGAGUUUGAAGAUCAGAAAGCAAACGUCUGUGAAAUGGGGAAGAUUGCUAAGAUAUGUGGCUGCCCGCUCUACUGGAAAGCACCUAUGUUCAAUGCUUCAGGAGGAGGAAGGACAGGAUGUGUGUCUGUACACUCAUUUGUAUCUCUGUGGAGAAAAAUCCUGCGGAACUGCCAUGAUGAUGCAUCCAGAUUCACAUACCUUUUAGCGAAGCCUGGCUGUGACUACCUACAACAGGAGGACUUCAUCCCGCUGCUCCAGGAUGUGGUGGAAACGCAUCCUGGCCUGACGUUCCUGAAGGAUGCUCCGGAGUUCCAUUCCCGGUAUAUUACGACGGUUAUACAGAGAAUAUUCUACACGGUCAAUCGGUCCUGGUCGGGGAAGAUCACUCUAACGGAGCUGAGGAAAAGCAACUUUUUGCAAACUCUGGCUCUCCUGGAAGAAGAGGAUGACAUAAAUCAGAUCACAGAUUAUUUCUCCUACGAGCACUUCUAUGUUAUAUACUGUAAAUUCUGGGAGCUGGACACUGACCAUGAUCUUUAUAUCAGCCAGAAGGAUCUGGCUAGGUACAGUGAUCAAGCUUUAUCAAAAAGGAUUAUUGAGCGAAUAUUCAGCGGCGCUGUGGUGAGAGGCAACGAAGUUCAAAAGGAUGGCCGCAUGAGUUAUGCUGAUUUUGUGUGGCUCCUGAUUUCAGAGGAAGACAAAAGGAGUGCUACAAGCAUUGAGUAUUGGUUUCGGUGCAUGGACCUCGAUGGGGAUGGAGUGCUCUCCAUGUACGAACUGGAGUACUUUUAUGAGGAGCAGUGUGAGCGGAUGGAAGUGAUGGGCAUAGAACCGCUGCCUUUUCAUGACUUGCUGUGUCAGAUGCUUGAUCUCGUUAAGCCGGAGAGGGAAGGAAGAGUAACCCUGCGAGACCUGAAGAAGUGCAGAAUGGCUCAUGUCUUCUACAACACCUUCUUUAAUUUAGAGAAAUAUCUGGACAACGAACAGAGGGAUCCCUUUGCAGUGCAAAAGGACAUUGAAAACGAUGGCCCUGAGCCCUCUGACUGGGACAGAUACGCUGCUGAAGAGUACGAGAUCCUUGUGGCUGAGGAGUCUGGGAACGAGCAGUUACAAGAAGGAUCGUUUGAAGAGGACUAUGACACAGAUGAAGUCUUAUCUCCCCCUGAAACUGGAGACAAGUCAGAUAAACUAGUUAUCUCGCAGCUUUCAGCGUAGAGAAAUGGAAGAUGUUUCAUCAAUACCUUUCAAACUGGAUAGCAGUCAGUGCCAAGACACUUAGGGAUUUUUCUUAAAUCCAUCAUUGGAGCGCUGUGCUUUAUUUUGUACACUGUAACUUGAGAACUCUUUUUCUCUUCUUGUGUAAUUGCAAUAAGGUAAUUUCUAUAUAAAGGCUUUUUACAAUCUGUUAUCAUGCACGCUCAUUAAAACCGGUGAUUGCACCUUGUUUUGUUUAUAUAUAAAUUCUGUUCCGUCCCCAGAUGUGCAAUAAAUGCCAGCAGCUAAUGAUUAACUGUAACAACUGCAGGCAUCCGCCGCAGCGGUCGUUCCUCGGUCAGGUCAGUCCUGUGCCGUCCUGGCCCUUUGACUUGGUACCAAGAGUGACAAAAGAGCUGCCAAAUGAACUUAAUUUCAACGUAUGUCUAGAAAUCUUUUAAAACAUGAGUCACAAUUAAGUUCUUUUUUGUUCCUUAGUGUCCUGGAAACCAAGGCACCGUGUGCCUGCGGGGGAGGAGAGCGCAGUCCCCAUUAGCGCUUUAAACCACAUUCUCUUUGCAGUUGAUACUGGACAUGUUUUACCUGUAUGAGUCUGUGAACAGGCAAAGCACUACAGGAUGUAAUGUUUCUUUGAGAAUUUGAGAUAUAGGUAAUGUUUCUACGUGUUCUUCUGUGCAAAAAUCUUCCUCAGGCUGCUGUUCUGUCUCCGCAAAAGUUUUUCUGGGCAUAUUUGCAACAAAAGUCAUAAAUGUUGUUCAGCCAGUGUGUUGAAACUUCUGGUUUGUGUGCACCAGUUCUGUCCGUUCCCUGUGUUCUUCCUUCUCCUGGCUUGCUCCCCUGUGCCUCCUCCAAGAGACUAAGCUGAGACCACCAAGAAAAACCCCAACCCUAACCGAGUCUGCUAGAGUUGUUACCACAGGGAUCCAUUAACUGGUAUUGAGUUAGGCUGUAAUAUUGCCAAAAAUUUGUUUCCCAUCCUUGAAGGAGGCCCCAGUUUUGGAGACUAAACACCACUAACUAAGGAAUCCUUGCUUUAAGUGCACAAUUGAAGUGACUUUCCCCAUAGGAUCCCAACCAGUGCCUCAUGGAACAGCACGUGCUCCACUCAGCGAGCGGUUCCUCCUUACUUAGUAGCU